AUGGCGCUACCUCAACUUUCAUCACUUUCAUUUGGCUUCACUAAAAUGCUUCUUCCUCUGCAAAUAAAAUCUUCAUCUGUAGCAAUAAGGAACUUCCAUGUCCCUCGUCCAACUCAAUGCAUGGCAUCAAAUAUAGUUUCUAAUAAUAGUCAAACAAUUCUUCGUCAAUCUUCAUAUUUCCAACCUUCAAUUUGGACAUACGAUUAUGUCCAAUCAUUGAGCAGUCAUUAUAAGGAAGAAGUGUUCGCAGAGCAAAGUAGAGUGCUAAAGGAAGAAGUAAGAAUGAUGCUUUGCAAAGCAGAAAAUGAGUUUGAUCAACUUGAGCUUAUUGAUGUAUUUCAAAGGCUUGGAGUGGCUUAUCAUUUUGACAAUGAGAUAAGGAACAUAUUGGACAAUAUUUACAAUAUGGAUACAUCCAAUAGGAAGAAGAGUUUAAAUGCCACAGCACUCGAGUUCAGACUCUUAAGGCAACAUGCUUAUGAUAUAUCUACAGAUGUUUUUGAUUGCUUUCAUGAUGAAACGGGUAAUUUCAAGAAAUGUCAGUAUGAUGAUAUUGAGGGAAUGUUAUCACUUUAUGAAGCCUCAUUUCAUUCAUUCGAAGAUGAAACCAUCUUGGAUGAGGCACGUAAUUUCACCUCUCAAAUUCUAAAAGAAUAUUUGAACCAAAAAAGAGGUAACCACUUAUCACUUGUAAUUGGUCAUGCUUUGGAGCUUCCAAUACAUUGGAGAAUUCCAAGGUGGGAGUCUCAAUGGUUCAUCAAUGCAUAUGAAAGAAAGCAGAACAUGAGUCCUGCUUUACUUCACUUAGCUAAAUUGGAUUUCAACAUUCUUCAAGCAAUCUACCAAGAAGAACUUAAGUAUACAUCAAGGUGGUGGAAAGGAACUAGCAUUGCAGAAAAGUUGAGUUUUAGCAGGGACAGGUUGGUAGAGAAUUUCAUUUGGACCGUGGGAACAAAUUUUAAGCCAGAUUUUGAAAAUUUCAGAAGAGUCAUAACAAAGGUCAAUGCCCUAAUAACCACAAUUGAUGAUGUUUAUGAUGUCUAUGGUACCUUGGAAGAACUAGAGCUCUUCACAGAAGCAAUUGACAGAUGGGAUCUAAAUGCCAUGGAUAGCCUCCCAGACUACAUGAAAAUAUGCUUCCAUACACUCUACAACUUUGUCGAUGAAAUGGCUUUAGAAACCCAAGAAAAGAAUGGGUACCACAUCACUCCAUACCUAAAGAAAGCCUGGACAGAUAUAUGUAAAUCAUAUUUGAUUGAAGCAAAGUGGUACCACAGUGGAUACAAGCCAAGCUUUGGAGAAUACAUAGAAAAUGCGUGGAUUUCCAUAAGUGCCCCUGUUAUACUAGUUCAUGCUUACUUUGCAAUUCCACAUUCAUUCAAAAAGGAGGAAUUAGUUAAUUUAGAAGAAUAUUCCGACAUAAUUCGAUUCUCAGCAAUGAUUUUACGCCUUGCUAAUGACCUCGGAACGUAUAAACGAGAAAAUGAGACAGGAGAUGUUCCUAAGUCAAUUGAAUGCUACAUGAAUGAAAGUGGAGAUUCUGAAGGAGAUGCACGUGAGUAUGUAUCAUCCGUUAUGUGUACAACGUGGAAGAAGAUGAAUGAGGAAGCUCGUAGUUGUUCUUUCUCAAGAAGUUUCAUAGAGACAGCUAUAAACCUUGCAAGAAUGGCAAUUUACAUGUACCAGAAUGGCGAUGGCCACUCUAUUCAAGAUCCUGAAAUCAAGAGUCGCAUACUAUCGUUACUUAUUCAGUCCAUUCCCAUCGCAUGA